CAUGUUUUUUUUAUUUUUAUUUAUUUAUUUUUUUACAUGAUGUAUUAAUAACAUAACAUAACAUAACAUAACAUAACAUAACAUAACACGGCAAAUAAGUUGAUGAAAUCACAUUAACUCUCGAUACAAAUGUAAUUGUUUAUUUAUUAAAUAAACAAAUGGCUCCGGGAACCGUUUAAACGUCGCUAUAAAUAACACGGAAGUUGAGGACUUCAGAACUACAACAAGAUACUGUCGUUUCAAAAGUACAAUCCUUCAUUUACAGAGGUGUCAUCGGCAAUGAUGGAAGGUGCCUCAAAGAGUGAUGCCACACCACAGGCCUCUGUUGCUGCACGAGUUCCAUUUAACGACCUCUGCUCAGUUCUGGAGAAUAUUCAAAAGGCCAAACUCCGACCAGAUAAAGCCAAAAUCCUAAAGGAAUUUAUUGAUUCUUGGAGGAACUUCCAUGCAGCACUUCACAAAGACAAUCCCAGCACCAAAGAUUCAUUUUAUCCAGCCAUGCGUCUCAUUGUGCCUCCAUUUGAGCGAGAGCGAAUGGCUUAUGGUAUAAAAGAAAGCAUGCUAGCCAAACUUUAUAUUGAGGUUUUAGGUCUACCUAAAAAUGGACCUGAGGCAAACAAACUUUUAAAUUACAGAGCCCCGACCACAUCUCAAGGGGAAGCAGGUGACUUUGCCCUUACAGCUUUCUUUGUCCUGAAGAAAAGGUGCCCAAGUCAGGGUAAUUUAACCAUUAAAGAAGUGAAUGACUUUUUGGAUUCUGUAGCUAUCAACAAUACCAGUAAACAGAAGGAUCAGGUGAAGAAAAGCCUUUUGGAUCUGAUAACUCAGAGCUCAGCUUUGGAACAAAAGUGGCUCAUUAGAAUGAUCCUCAAGGACAUGAAGCUUGGCAUUAGCAAGGAAACAGUCCUUCAGGUUUUUCAUCCAGAUGCACCAGAACUCUACAGUGUCACCACAGAUCUGAAUAAAGUGUGCAUACAACUUCACGAUCCAGCAGUGUCCCUCAGUGAGGUGUCUGUUGAUCUAUUUUCUGCUUUUAAACCAAUGCUGGCUGCAGUUGCCAAUAUCAGACAAAUAGAGAAGCAAAUGGGCAACCGGCCAUUCUACAUUGAGACAAAGUUUGAUGGUGAACGCAUUCAGUUACACAAAGCUGGAGAUGUAUACAAAUACUAUACAAGGAACGCUCAUGAGUACACGCAACAGUUUGGGGCCUCACCACUUGAGGGCUCCCUCACACCAUACAUUCACAAUGUCUUCAAACCUAAUGUGGUGAACUGCAUACUGGAUGGAGAAAUGAUGGCUUAUAACCCUAAAACUGAGACCUUUAUGCAGAAAGGCAGUAAGUUCGACAUCAAAAGGCUAAUGGAUGAUUCUGACUUGCAAACCUGUUUUUGCGUCUUUGAUAUCCUGUUAGUAAACAACCAGAAGUUUGGAAAUGAAUCUCUCAAGAAGCGCUAUGAAACUCUUCACACUGUUUUCACCCCCAUCAAAGGCCGUAUCCAGCUGGUCUCUAAAUCUGAAGGUAGAACUAUGCAAGAAGUAGUGAAUGCUCUCAAUGAAGCCAUUGACAAUCGGGAAGAGGGAAUUAUGGUUAAGGACCCCAUGUCCAUCUACAAACCAGAUAAACGUGGUGAAGGAUGGCUGAAAAUUAAGCCAGAGUAUGUGGAUGGUCUGAUGGAUGAACUCGAUCUGUUGAUAGUGGGAGGCUACUGGGGUAAAGGUAGGAGAAGUGGGAUGCUCUCUCAUUUUCUCUGUGCGGUUGCAGAGGUGCCAAGUCCUGGGGAGAAGCCCACAGUAUUCCACACUAUCUGUCGCAUUGGUUCAGGCUACACUCUGAAAGAACUUUAUGAUCUUGGCCUGAAGUUAGCCAAACAUUGGAAAGUUUACAACAAAAACAAUCCUCCAGCAGCCAUCUUGUGUGGGACAGAGAAACCAGAGGUGUACAUAGAACCACGAAACUCUGUGAUCAUACAAGUCAAAGCAGCAGAGAUUGUUUCUAGUGACAUGUAUAGGACCAACUGCACAUUACGUUUCCCCAGAAUAGAAAGAAUCAAAGAGGACAAAGAGUGGCAUCAUUGCAUGACCUUGACUGAACUGAGUCAGUUCCGCUCCAAGGCUUCAGGAAAGCUGGCAUCCCGACAUUUACUCAUCCAAGACGAGCAGCCGGAAAAGAAGAAGCGCAAACUUGUGGCCAAGCCGAAGAAGACCAUUGGUGUCAUUGACCACUUCAAAUCUCAAGAUUUAUCAGCAGUCACAAAAGAGAUAGAUAUGUUUGAAGACGUAGAGUUUUGUGUGAUAAAUGGCAAUGAUAACCAUUCUAAGGCAGAGCUUGAGAAGGGCAUCGCCCGCUGUGGAGGCAUUGUUGUGCAGAACCCUGGAAAGGACACAUAUUGUGUGAUUGCUGCUGUGCAGAACAUGAGAGUAAAGAACCUCAUCUCCUCAGACCAGCAUGAUGUGGUGUGGGCUGCUUGGCUUGUAGAGUGUCUGGAAAAUAAACAGGUUAUACCAUGGCAACCACGUCACAUGAUCCACAUGUCACCCUCCACAAGAGAGCACUUUGCCAAAGAGUAUGAUUUGUAUGGAGACAGUUAUUAUGUUGACACAGAUGAACAGCAGCUCAGGGAAGUCUUUGGAAGGAUUGGCCCCAUAGAAGCCGAGGUUCCGUCUGUGACACAGGUAGAAGCAACGUACGCCUGGGAUGACUUGCCCACUAGCAUGUUUAGGCCUUAUAUUGCAUACUUUGACCGGUGUGCUGACUUGGGAAAUCCAAAAAGCAUUAUCCGAGGUACAUGUUUGGACACACGAGCCUUGGAAUUUCGAUUCCAUGGUGGUACAGUCGUCGAGAAAUGGAAGGAAGGAAUAUCACACGUCAUAGUCGAAGGUGAAGGAAGGACACUGGACUUAAAGACACUGAGACGACUUUAUACUAGGAAGUUCAAAAUCAUUCGAGAGUCUUGGGUGACCGAUUCCAUCAAAGCAGGCCAUGUACAGGAUGAGAUUGAGUACCUCAUAUAACAAUAGGCUAUUACACAAAAUGUUAAAACACUGAAAGGUUAGAACAUUUGAAUAGGAGGUGCAUCAAAAUACACUGGAUAAACAUUGCUUUUGCAUUGUCAAAUAAUAUAAAUCUAUAAUGUACAGCACUGAAAAUGCGAGUGAAACAACAUGAAAACUUAAAUAUUUCUGGGAGAAGUUUUACUUAAGCUGUGUUCUAAAUAAAUAUGGUAAAACAAAAUCAUAGAUUGUACUGUUAUAAAUGGGGUGAUUGUAACUUAAUUGUUUAAAAUCUUGGCAGCUGUCGUGCCCCCUAUAUCCUUAUGUUUAGGGGUAGGUGUAGGGAUGGGCUUUAGCAGUAUGGACCAAUGAUGGUUAGGGUUAGGGUUGGGUGUAGGGGUGGACUUUAGGGAUAAGGGCCAAUUAUGUAGCGGAGAGUCAGAAUCUGGCAGGGAGUCAAAUUUCGGCACAACAGCUGCUAACACAAAGGUAAUCUUUUGAAUACUUGGUAAAGUUAUUAAUAUCAGUACAUUGAUGUUACCGCACAUUAAGUUGCUUAAGACUUAGCAUUCUUUUCAACAUUUUAAGCAAGAUAUGUGUAUUAUUUAUGUUUUGCACAAUUUUAGAGUGGAAAGAAAGGAAAGGAGCACCAUGCAAAAGUUUGGGCACCCCAAGAGAUUUUAGCUCUCAGAUAACUUUUACCGAGGUCUCAGACCUUAAUUAGCUUGUUAGGGCUAUGGCUUGUUCACAAUCAUUGUUUGGAAAGGCCAGGUGAUGCAAAUUUCAAAGCUUUACAAAUACUUUGACUCCUCAAACCUUGUCCCAACAAUCAGUAGCCAUGGGCUCCUCUAAGCAGCUGCCUAGCACUCUGAAAAUGUAAAUAAUUGAUGCCCACAAAGCAGGAGAAUGCUAUAAGAAGAUAGCAAAGCAUUUUCAGGUAGCCGUUUCCUCAGUUCGUAAUGAAAUUAAGAAAUGGUAGUUAACAGGAACAGUGGAGGUCAAGUUGAGGUCUGGAAGACCAAGAAAACUUUCAGAGAGAACUGCUCGUAGGAUUGCUAGAAAGACAAAUCAAAACCCCUGUUUGACUGCAAUAGACUUUUAGGAACAUUUAGCAGACUCUGGGGUAGUGGUGCACUGUUCUACUGUGCAGUGACACCUGCACAAAUAUGACCUUCAUGGAAGAGUCAUGAGGAGAAAACAUUUCCUGCGUCCUCGCCACAAAAUUCAGUGUCAGAUGUUUGCAAAUGACCAUCUAAACAAGCCUGAUGCAUUCUGGAAACAAGUCCUGUGGACUGAUGAAUUUAAAAUCUAACUUUUUGGCCGCAAUGAGCAAAGGUAUGCUUGGAGAAAAAAGGGUGCAGAAUUUCAUGAAUAAAACACCUCUCCAACUGUUAAGCACAGGGGUGGAUCGAUCAUGCUUUGGGCUUGUGUUGCAGCUAGCGGCAUGGGGAACAUUUCACUGGUAGAAGGAAGAAUGGAUUAAAUUAAAUACCAGAAAAUUAUGGAAGCAAACAUCACAUCAUCUGUAAAAAAGAUGAAAAGAGGAUUGCUUCUACUACAGUAUAACGAUCCUAAACAUACCUCAAAAUCCACAAUGGAUGACCUCAAAAGGCGCAAGCUGAAAGUUUUGCCAUGGCCCUCACAGUCCCCUGACCUAAACAGAAAAUCUGUGGAUAGACCUCAAAAGAGCAGUGCAUGCAAGACGUCCCAAGAAUCACAGAACUAGAAGCCUUUUGCAAGGAAGAAUGGGCGAAAAUCCCCCAAACAACAAUUGAAAGACUCUUAGCUGGCCUUGAAAAGCAUUUACAAGCUGUGUUACUUGCCAAAGGGGGUGUUAAUAAAUACUGACCAUGCAGGGUGCCCAAACUUUCGCUUCGGGCCCUUUUCCUUUUUUGUUUUUUUGAAACCAUAAAAGAUGGGAAUAAAAAAGUAAAAUUGCUUAAAAUAUUAAAGAAAUGUGUCAU